UCGGAUCUCUGUAAGUUGUGCUGUUCAAUUCAUCAAAAUGGCCCAGGCAAUUAAAUAUUACUACGAUCUAUUAUCGCCACCAUCGCGUGCUUUGUGGAUUGCAUUGAAAUUGGCCAAAACGCCAUUUGAAGAUUGCCCUGUGGCACUUCGUAAAUUUGAACAACUGACCGAUGAAUACAAGAGUAUCAAUCGUUUCCAGAAAUUGCCCGCUCUGGUCGAUGGCAAAUUCCACUUGUCCGAGAGCGCAGCAAUGGUGCGCUAUCUGGCGGAUACAAAUAAACUGACUGAGCAGCUGUAUCCUAAGUCUGUUGAGGAACGAGCACGUGUGGAUGAGUUCUUGGGGUGGCAAUACUUUAACUUGCGACUGCCUACAGGCGCGUACUUCCUGGAAGGUUGGCUCUUUCCGAUCAAUGGAAUUAAGCCCAAGCCAAAUCCGGAAGAAAGCGAAAAGUUAGUAAAAAAUGUGGAGGGAAGUUUGGAACUGCUGGAGCGCUUGUGGUUGGACAAUGACUUCUUAAUCGGACAGAACCUUACAGUAGCUGAUUUGAUCGGCUCCUCCGACAUUGAACAGCUAAAGCUCUGUCAGUACACUGUGGAUGAGAAAAAGUUUCCCAAGGUGGCCAAGUGGUUGGAUCGUGUGCGUCAAGCUACUCAACCCUAUCAUGAUCAGGCUUAUGCUUUCGUUAACAAAAAGUCGCAACAGGCUAAUUCAGCCAAGCUCUAAGCUACUGUCCUUGAGACUGCCAAAGUCAAAAUUACAUUAUUUUUGGAUUUUGAUUAUUUUUAUAAAUUUGUAUCAAAAUUAGAUAAACAAAAAAUCACCAAACAAAUGACACUCCGUUGA